UUGCUUCUCUCUCAAUCGGUCGGUAAAUAUCUUCCAAGUAUUUGCUUGUCGGAGGUUUUUGUGUAAUAAUUAGCGAAAAUCUGCUCAUAUUGAAAAUGUCUUGUUCUCGCAAGAGAACCUAAUUUUCGAUGGCCUACAGUGAUGGAGUUCACUGAAAUUCGCACAAACGAGGUGGAACCCAUAAGAAUAGAUUUGUACGCCGAUGAUCGGAGCCGCACUCCAAGCCCAGCGCCCGUUCUUACUUCCAAUGUAUGUUGCGAUCUGGAAGACUUAAUAUCUGAGGCUAUCUCAGAAUCUUUAAGUAGCUCUCUUCGCAUAAGUCGGAGUCAACUUAUUAACCAGGAGCUUACAAUCAGACCAGAGGCAAAUAUUGAGUCAAACGUUCCAGACGGCUUGGAUCUUUUCAACAUCAUUUUUGAGGUUGAGAGUGACUCGGAAGCUAGGAUGGGCGAUAUUGAUGAUGCUGCUCUCCUAAACAACCCAACUAAGGAACAGGACUCCUGCCGCCUGGUCGGCGGAUCCAAGUUCUACGAGGUGAUGGACGGCUCUGCGUCGGCGGACGCGUCCACUCCCUCGCCGACUGAGAAGCACGACCACAUGAAGCCGAUCGAGAGCGAUGACGAAGUGUCAGAUGUGGACCAAGAGUGCACGGUGUUUAGCGGUGUCAGCUACCUGGGCGCUCAGAACAUCUCCGACCCCAAGUCUGAGAGUGACAUUCAGCGUAUUAUGAAAGAGCUCAGCUCUAUGCCCGAGAGCCGGGACGGCAUCGCCGUGUCGAUAUCGAUACCCGUCUGCUCGCAGGGACUUGUGGUCCUCUACCAAGCGGACUCCAACAGCGUGAUGACCCGUUACGCCGUGAACCGCAUAUCGUUCUACGCUCGCGGCGCGACCGGCUCGCCCGUCGCCUCUUGCUUCGCCUUCACCUGGUCUCACGGCGAGACCAAGGAGUCAGCCGUGUAUCGCUGCCAUGUAUUCCGUUGCCACAUCGCUGAGGCCGUCAACCAAGUGUCAAGUUGCUUCGCCAAAGCGUUCGAGCGUAUCCCUCGUUCGAUGGCUUCGUCCCUGGUCGGCGAGCUGAGCGCGGCUCCGUCUAUGACUGGCUCGCUUACCGAAGCCCUGGGGGCUCCAGCGCCGCCGAUGCAGCUGAUGCAUGUACUAGAAUGCACGGUGGACAUCAAGGAGACUGACGCUAAGGGCACAUUUAGUCACGUGCCGAAAGAGAAGCUCGGAUUCAAACUGCGCGGGGGCAUAGACAAACAAGUGACGAUCAACGUGCGCCAGGUUACGAACAACGUGCAGCCAGAAUCUGAUGAUCCGCAGUCUUGCACGGGCGGUCUGUACAUUGAACGAUGCUUUGGGAUAUUGCUUGCUCCCGGGCGAAGCGUGAAACAUGCCGAUAUGAGGCUGCUCGAGAUGGUGAGCGGCUCAGCCGGCGGGUAUACUUGCUCGGUUUGCGCCCUAUGGAACGCGGGCGAGUCCGCCCUAGCGGCUUUCAACGUGGCCAGCGGAGACGGAGCCCCCGCUUACAUGUCCCUGGCUCUCGACCUGGUCAUUAACUACAUCCCUGAACCGCUACGAUUGGUCAUCGAAACGCCAGUAAAGGUGUUUCCGCCCACAGAGAGGUUCUGGUACUACUCUAAGAAACCACUCGUGCAAGAGUUCUACAUAAACUUGAAAGAGGUUGUAACCGCCUCCGGCGAACUGAAUUACGAAGUGAUAAACGUGGAUACCUCGGGGGAGUUAGACCGAUCUCGCCUGAACUUGCCGCUGUCUCUGUCCAGCCUGCUGCCGUCGCCGCUGUCGGCCGCGCCCGCGCCCCCCUCCCCUUCCGAGCCCGACUCAGAUGGUGACGAACCUCUCCUCAGCGGCACGGGCGAGGUAUCGAAGGACUGCGGCGAGGACGUUCUGGUCAAUUGGGCUCAAGUUCUAAGAAGUUGGACGGGUCCCCGGCCGCGCGCCCUAAACCACUUAGUCCGCGUAGGCGUGCCCGAAGCACUGCGUGGAGAGGUGUGGCUGCGCCUGGCCGGCGUCGACCAGAACGACAAGCUCAUGGAGACGUAUAGGACGCUUAUUAGCAAGGACUGCCCCUUCGAAGCGGUGAUCCAGCGGGACAUCGCUCGCACGUUCCCUGCGCACGACUUCUUCCGCGAGGCCGGCGGGCUGGGCCAGGACUCGCUGCUUCGUAUGGCGCGCGCCUACGCCGUGCACGACCACGAGGUCGGCUACUGCCAGGGCCUCAGCUUUUUGGCUGCCACGCUGCUGCUACACAUGCCUGAAGAGCAAGCUUUCUGCUUACUAGUACGUCUCAUGUACGGUUACGGACUCCGUGAACUGUACAAGGACGGCUUCGAAGCCCUUUAUAUGAGGCUACACCAGCUUGAUAGACUUAUGGAGGAACAACUGCCCGAUCUACGCGCUCACUUCCAAGAGCUAGGCGUUGAACCGCACAUGUUUGCGUCGCAAUGGUUCCUCACGGUGUUCACAGCGAGAUUCCCUUUGCCUUUGGUAUAUCACAUCCUGGAUGUGUUCUUGCUGCAAGGAAUAGACACGCUGUUCCAAGUGGCGUUGGCUCUUCUGUCACGCUCGCGCAAGGACUUGUUGACACACGACUUUGAGGGUGUUCUCAAAUAUUUUAGAGUGACACUACCAAAGAAGUGUCGCGCAGAAGAAUCAUCGCGACAGAUCAUAAAACUUGCGUGCAGCAUUAAAGUGAAACGACUUGCUAAAUAUCAGCAAGAAUACGAAAAAUUUGUCAAGGAGACAACCGAGAAGGAAAAGAUUAAUGUGGAAUUAGAGAGGCUCAAAAUGAUAAACACACAGCUACAGCAGGACAAAGAGGGGUUGGAAACCCAGUUGAAUGAGGCUCGUGGCUCGUUGGUGGAAGCCAAAAAAGACACAGCACACUACGCGGCCGUUGCUCACGACUACCGCGAGAUAUGUGCCCGUUUAGACAAACAGCUGCAUCAGGUCCAGGACUACGUAAAGGAUUGUGUAAAUUGUAGCGUCAAAUUUGCACAGAAGGAUAAGGAUAAUAAAGACGAAUCUGAAGAGAAAGCUGAAGAUAAGGAAGGUUCAAGCGACGCAGAGGCUAGACUCAGGCAGCGCGUGAGGGAUCUCGAGCUGGAGUUGGCGCAGGUCAAGCUGGCGCAUGUGCAAGCGCAAUGUAGCAAUCAAGAAUUGAGCCACCAGCUGAACGCAGCCCUUAACGAGCUGCAAGCUUUGAUGAAUCAAAAGCAGUCCGUAGCGCCAUGGCUCGUGCGCACUCUAGGUUCUAUCAUGGAAGCGGCACAAAAUCGGCCAUCAUUCCAAACGUACCUGCCAAAUAUGAAUCAAGAAACGAGCUCGUUGCACAGACAAGGAUCCUUCUCCAAUUCUCAUAGCUCUCAAAGUACCAGCCAGCCCAGUCUAGACAGACGUGUGUCCGAGCCAUACAGCCCAGACGUCGUCCGCAGGAAGAAAGACCUCAACGCCAAACGGCAUUCAAUGCUCGUAGACUCAAACGUCACCAAAGAGGCGAAGGAACUGAACCGGCGGAGCCAUGACGCCACCGUCGUCAAAAACCUCUCGAUGGGUUGACCCCACGAUACUCAAUCGGUUAGUCUAUAUCCAUUUUCAAGUCGUAUGCCCACUCUUUCUGUAACGUAGAAUGUGAACGAGACAGACUAAACCUUAAGAAUUAUUUUCGUGUUCGCAAAUUAUUUUUAAAUUUUAUUGAUAUUAUUUUGGUGUGUAUUGUGAGAAUUUUUACUUUGUCUGUAAUUUGUCGGUAUGAUAAAAAGUAAUCUGCAUUUAUAGUCGAACAGUAUUUUCCGCUGACAUCUUAUGAUAUUUAUGUCCAAAAGUGAAAACAACACUAGUCAUCAUAUUUUAUAACGAACAGAUAAAUAUUUGCAAAAAGAUGUUAUUGGAUAAAAAGUUCAAAUAUUAUCACAUAUUAUUGGAAAUAUAAAAAUUAUAUUCAAUGAGCAAUGGCUUUUGAUCUCACUUUAGUUCAUGGGAUCUAUAAUGAGCCUGCUCAGUGAGAGACUGUUCAGAAAAAUAUUUCUAUACUUGUCCCAAUCAUAUAACUGAUUUUAAUUUGAAUUACAAUUGGUAGGUAUAUUCUGAUGUUCAUAUGACUAAUAUUUAUUGUGAAAAAAAUAUACAUUUAUUGGAACAUUGACCACGCUGUUCUAUCAAAGAAAUCUACAUAAAAGAAUUAGGGAUUUAAUUAUUAAAUUGUCUUUUUUUCAUUUUGUUAAAAUUCUAUAUGAGGAAUUUUAAUAUAACGACUGCUCUAUUUCCAUGAUAUUCUUCUAUAAACAUGACAUCAUUAUAAAACGUCUUCAACAUAAUUCCUACAUAAUUAUUAUAACUGUGUGUAGUGAGGAAAGUCACCAAACAUGCAAGUGCACUGGAUGUUGAUCACCCGUUUCAUCAUCACGAUCAUGUUGCAAAAUAGUUGAUUAAAUUAUUUUAUAAUUUAUCAAGUUUGUAGAAGUAUUACAUUAGACGAUUAUCACAUUGCACCGCGCUCCGCCGCGGUACGCGGGACGACAGAAUUAAUCAUUGUACAUGCAAGUACCUCAGUUUGUAUAGAAAACACGCGCGGCACAACACACUGAAAACUCGUCUGCGCGCGGGAUUUUUUUUAUGUAGCCACGCGGACCGCGGUGCAGUGUGAUAAUCGUCUUACUAAACGAAUGAUAAAGUGUGUUUGUUCACUAUGAUGUGUGAUGAAAUGUGGCGAAUUGUAUGAAUGUAGAGGCGAUGCCACAUCGAAGUAAACUGUAGCACUGUAAUAAGUGCGAUUUUUCAACAAAAAUAUGUCUAUGUGUCGUCGACUGUACCACAGAGUGAGUGCCUUUGUGUUGAAACAGACUGAGAUGUGAUGCUUGAUUAAUUUAGAUAUAUUUAUUUCACAGUAUUUUUAAAUUUUAUUUACACAUUUAUGAAUAUUAUUUUAUAUAGUUUUCUCUUAUCCGUUUAGUAACUAGAAGUACGUGGGUUGACCGUUCAUGGGAAGUCGUAUUAUUACAGCAUUACCUUAUUUUAUGGACAACCUUCGUAUCUAUUUAGUAACGGCCUUUAUUGAUUAUUUUAUAUAAUUUUCAAAAUUAAUGGAUCGGAAACAAACGCAAUUAUGAGUAAUCGAGUAGAUUUCUCUUAUUUUAAGGCUGCGCAAUCCUUAACCACGUUAAAAUUGUUUUCGAAGGUGAAGGCGUUAAAAAUAUGAUUGUGAAAAUCUGGGACCUAAUCUAAAGAGUUUAUAUGAUUCUGUAUAUUUUCACUUAAGGAGGUUUAUGAUUAAAAUCGCAACGCAUUACAUUUUUAAUAAACAAACGUAUUCUCAACAAGCAACUCCAAUGUAGAAUAAAAAAACCAAGCGUUGAUACAAAUAGGACAGUUGUAUUACCAGUCAUAAAAACUGUUCUUCGGUGUUGCUACUAAUUUAAAUUUUAAAUGCAGUAUUUAUAAUUGAAAUGAAAAGUUACUAAAAAUAUAUGAAUAAAAAAUUCCUCAUUAAAAAUAACAAGAAUAUUGACCUUAUAAUUCUUAAAAUAUUAAAUUUAUAAUAUCAUAUGAAUAUUAAUAACUAUUAUGAAAAAAUUAUAAACUAUUCAAUGUACUAUGAAAAAAUAUAUGUGCAUUUUUGUGUUGUGUUAUGUUAAAUUCAAAUUAUUUGUGUUUAAUUACAAUUCGAAUGAUAUUUAAAUGUAGUAAUAGUUUUAGGGUAUACAUACUACAUUACUUUAAGUCACAUUAUUAUGUCACAUGACGUGUAAUCUUCAAUCAUUAUAUCUAUUUACUUCCUCUCACAUGUAGCGAACAAGAAACAUUUUUGUAUAUAUUUCGAACAGGCCUAACGUAGGGAAAUAACUUCUGCUAUCCAUUGGAACAUUGGGUCAGGUUUUGAGAUGUUUACUAUAAUUAUGUAGCUAAUGUCGAACUGUUUUCGAAAAAAUGCUAAGGGACAUGGCUGAAAAUAAAUGACUGUCGAACCGAAAAAAUUAUAAACUAGUUUUUUCACAAUGUUUUAUUGCUGGGUGAUAAAAUAAUUGUUCCAAAUUGUCUAUGGACGUUUGACAGUUCUUUAUUUUGAAAGCGAUGCCCCGCCUUUUUCAUGAUACAAAGUACAAUCAUACUCUUUGUAUCAUCUAAAAGAGAUAAUAGUUAUUGUAAAAUAUCCCGAAAUCGGUCAUAUUUAAUUAAAUGUCUAUCGCAAUCGAAUGUAUCUAAACUCUUGUCUUGUCUAGGUCCACACACACUCACUUCGCUUGUAAGUGUAUGUCUACCUCCACAAAACAAGCGGCACAAGAGCUUAUUUUGAUGUGUAGGUACGUAGCGAUAGAUGCUACACGGAAUCAACCUACAAAUGCACCUAACUAGAUUUGUGUAACAUAGUAUUGCUAGCUUUUUAGCUCACAAGAGCUAGGCGUUGUAUCUAACCUCCACGUAAAGUAUUGCCAUGUGAAAAAUAUGCUUUUACUGAUGUUGACUCGUGAUAGAAAUAUUUAAAUCAUCAGUUACAGUCACGACGAAUGUAUGCGGUCCACUAUUUUCAAUUAAAUCAUAUUUGUAUACAUACAUACAUUCCAAUGCUGAAAAAAAAAAAACUAAAAUUGUAUAUAUCAAAAGCAGGUAGAUUCCUUGUAAAUUUAACUGUAGUAGUUACCUAUAAUGCUGUUUCGAAUGUACUCAUCUUAAUACAUGCAUAUUAAAGUAUUACCUAAUUAUUAUAAGAUUUAUAAUUUCUGUUAAUAACAUAAACCCUUUUUUUCUCGACAGUGGUUGAAUUUCACAAAAAUAAAAUACAUUUAAUUGAAAUUCAAGCCCUUGAAAACAGGUUUAUUUUCAGAACUUAUAAAUCAGAUAUUAUUGAUAUUUAUUUUAAUAAACGUAGAAUCUCGGCUUUAUUGUAUUGGCUAGAUGCCAUAUUAUUUUGAACGUAUGUCAUUGUGUCAUUCAUUUAUAAUCUUCUAAGUUAUAAUCAUCACUGUACCUGUAGCUAUUCUUAUGAAACUAUCUUUUAAUUAAUCAUAAUUUAAAUUGUAGUCUUAGGCUCUCUUAUUCUAAAAUUGAUUUUAUUGACAAUAAAAAUGUUUAUGCUAUCGAAUACAUAUCCACAUGUUAUUGAAGUGUCUGUGCGCAUUAUAUCUUCAAUACAGCUUUGAUGUUUUGUAACGAACAGUUUGUGUUGAUUUAAGAGAUAACCAGCUAAAAUGACUAAAUAUUUAGUAAAAUAUUUAUACCACUAUUUGAUAAAAGACCUCUCCAUCUUAUGAAAGCUUUUAGAAUGCCAGGCUAAGAGAGUGUGUUUUUAUCCUUUUACGGAGUAGGAGCCAGAUAAGUGAUGGUAAAACAGAUAUAAGUGCAGUAUUAGUGCCAUUAUUAUCUGUUGUAGAGUUUUAGAGGUAUUAUGGUGGUAUUGUAGUCAUUAAACCUUCAAUACAUCUUCCAACACAAAUGACGAGGCGUCUCGCUCGGCAUGCUUCAUAUCAUGCUGCAUUAUUCUAUAAACGGCAAGACUGUACUGCCUCUAACGAAUUAAUAUCGUUGCAAAUAUUGUAUGAAUAAAAGCAUUAGUCUGUCAUAUUUUAUGUUGUUUGUGAUACACGAGUGGACUAUAAUUUCCUUGUAUUUCUUUUUAUUUGAGUCCUGUAUGAUCUCUAAAUUACCUAAUUAAGAUAUUAAAUACUAUACUUUAAACAUAUUUAUUGGAGUUUUCAUUUAUAAUAUCUAUCUGUUCCGUCUUUUAUGAUAAAUGUCGCAGAUGAUAUAAAUAUAAGAUACCACAAGUCUAGAAAACCAUUCUUAUGCCACAGUCUUCUAAGGGAAUGCGAUUUCUCUAUUACGAUUUUAAGUAUUCGUUUUGUGGCGCCAUAGGGAACUAUUGAAAUGUAAGUAACAAUAAUUUUAAAGCUUAGCAAUGUUAUAGGGAUAUUGUUGUUUAUAGUAACUAUAUUAAUAGCUUUAUAAAUAAUGCCAGGAUAUUUAGCCGAAAGCAACGUAAGAAUGAGUUUAUUCGCUAAGAAGUGUUGUUUUAGUCUGUCAUUUACAAUAAACAUUUUACAAUGGUAA